AUGUCAUUUUUUGGCUCCGGCACGGGCGCAGCGGCCGUGAACACCAGCAAUUCUACCGCCGCAGAGAAGGACAUUGAGGUUGAGGUUGCCGAUCCGCCAUCCGACUCGAUAUCUUCACUUUCAUUCUCCGGCCAGGCGGACUACCUCGCAGCGGGGAGCUGGGACAACAACGUUCGGAUAUAUGAGGUAGGUGCUAACGGCCAGACGCAGGGGAAGGCCAUGUAUUCGCACCAAGGACCGGUCCUGAGUGUCUGCUGGAACAAAGAGGGCAACAAAAUCAUUUCAGGAGGUGCAGAUAAUGUGGCGCGCAUGUUCGACGUCACAACGGGCCAGGCCGCCCCGGUCGCUCAGCACGAUGCACCGGUGAGAUGCGUCAAGUGGGUCGACGCGCAAGGGGGGAUAUUGGCAACAGGGAGCUGGGAUAAAACGAUAAAGUACUGGGACCUGCGCACUCCAAACCCCGUAGCGACGGUCCAGCUUCCCGAACGCUGUUAUACUAUGGACGUCCAGUACCCUCUAAUGGUUGUAGGCACAGCCGAGCGACACAUACAGAUAUUCAACCUGACCAACCCCACCACGCCUUAUAAGACUACUAUAUCUCCCCUCAAGUGGCAAACUCGCGUAGUAUCCUGUUUUACAGCAGCCACAACCUCCGGAUUCGCUGUGGGCAGUGUCGAGGGGAGAGUGGCCAUCCAAUAUGUGGAAGAUAAGGACGCCAAGGACAAUUUCUCUUUCAAAUGCCAUCGACGUGACUCUUCGGCCAAUAUCAAGGAUCAAGCACUAGUGUAUGCCGUUAACGAUAUUUCAUUCCACCCUGUGCAUGGCACGUUCUCCACCUGCGGUUCUGACGGAGGGAUUCACUUCUGGGACAAAGAUGCUCGCAGUCGGCUAAAGUCCUUUGACACCGCUCCUGGUCCGAUCUCUGCUACCACAUUCAACCGCAACGGCAGCAUCUUCGCCUACGCCAUAUCAUACGACUGGUCGAAGGGACACUCGGGAAUGACACCAGGUCACCCGAACAAAAUCAUGCUCCACGCUUGCAAAGACGACGAAGUGAAGAAGCGACAGAAGAAGUAA